ACGGGUGCUGUAGCUGGUGGGAGGAAGUCCUGGAGGCCAUGGUCACUCAACCACUGGAAUCAUCGAGAUGAGCAGCAGCUGCUCAGGGCUGAGCAGGGUCCUGGUGGCCGUGGCUACAGCCCUGGUGUCUGCCUCCUGUCCCUGCCCCCAGGCCUGGGGCCCCCCAGGGGUCCAGUAUGGGCAGCCUGGCAGGGCCAUGACGCUGUGUUGCCCUGGAGUGACUGCUGGGGCCCCGGUGUCCUGGUUUCGGGACGGGGAGACAAGGCUGCUCCAGGGACCUGACUCUGGUCUAGGGCACGAACUGGUCCUGGCCGGGGCAGAAAGCACUGACGAGGGCACCUAUAUCUGCCGGACCCUGGAUGGUGCACUUGGGGGCAUGGUGACACUGCAGCUGGGCUACCCCCCAGUCCGCCCUGUUGUCUCCUGCCGAGCAGCUGACUAUGAGAACUUCUCCUGCACUUGGAGUCCCAGCCAGGUUAGCGGUUUACCCACCCGCUACCUCACCUCCUACAGGAAGAAGACGGUACCAGGAGCUGAUGGCCAAAGGAUGAGUCCAUCCACAGGGCCCUGGCCAUGCCUACAGGACCCCCCAGGGGCUGCCCGCUGUGUAGUCCAUGGGGCAGAGUUCUGGAGCCAGUACCGGAUCAAUGUGACUGAAGUGAACCCCCUGGGGGCCAGCACACGCCUGCUGGAUGUGAGCUUGCAGAGCAUCUUGCGCCCUGACCCACCCCAGGGGCUGCGGGUAGAGUCGGUACCUGGCUAUCCUCGCCGCCUGCGUGCCAGCUGGACAUACCCUGCCUCCUGGCCCCGCCAGCCCCACUUCCUGCUCAAGUUCCGGCUGCAGUACCGUCCAGCACAGCAUCCAGCCUGGUCCAUGGUGGAACCGGCUGGAUUGGAGGAGGUGAUCACGGACGCUGUGGCUGGGCUGCCCCAUGCCGUGCGGGUCAGCGCCCGGGACUUUCUGGACGCAGGCACCUGGAGCGCCUGGAGCCCCGAGGCCUGGGGUACUCCGAGCACCGGGCCCCUACCGAAGGAGAUACCAGCUGGGGGCCAGCAACACGCGCAGCCAGAGGAAGAACCUCAGGCGGUUAGCCCUGCUCCCCCAAGACCGUCCCUCCUACCAGACCCACGGCCACUUGACCACAGAGAUGCCCUGGAGCAGGUGGCUAUGCUGGCAUCUUUGGGAAUCUUCUCUUUCCUGGGACUGGUGGCUGGGGCCCUGGCACUGGGGCUCUGGCUGAGGUUGAGACCAGGUGAGAAGGAUGGGCCUCAAAAGUCUGGGUUCUUGGCCCCGAUGAUUCCGGUGGACAAGCUUCCAGGAGUCCCAAACCUGUAGAGGAUCUUGGAAGGCUUCAGCUGAUUCCACCUAUAACUCUGUCUUGCUGGUGUGGAUGGACAGACAGGUGGAACCCAGGCAGGACAGUAGAUCCCCAUGGAGGGGGGUUCUCAGCUGGAAAUUCUGUUUGGAGCUCAUUUCUAUGAGACUCUGUGUUCCCAACUUGCCAGCUGAAAGGUGCCUAGACCUCUGGCUUCAUCUCAGAGUUGGCAGUCCACCUGAGGAUGUGUGUAGAUGUGUAUGUCUAUGUCCAUGUGUGUCCAAGUGUAUGUGAGGCAGGGAACAUGUGUUCUCUGCAUGUAUGUAUACAGGUACCUGAGGAGUGUGUGUGGGUCCUUGGCUCUUGGCCUUGCCCCUGGCGGGGGUUGUGAAGGUGUGAAUAAAGAGAAUGAGGAGGUUCUU